GAGGCAAACCAACAAGCCGAAGAACUCGAAAACACGCUCCUCACCGGCUACAAGCUGGUGGCCAUUAUGGCCGGGCUAUGUUGCUGUGUUUUGUGUAUUUCACUGGACAACACCAUAGUCGCGACCACAAUUCCAAGAAUCACCGAGCAUUUCGAUUCCUUCGCUGACGCUGGCUGGUACGCGAGUGCCUAUCUCCUCCCCACCAGCGCCGUUACCCUUGUCUACGGCCGGAUCUACACAUUUUUCCCCAUCAAAUGGGUGUAUCUGACCGCGCUAUUUCUGUUCGAACUUGGAUCCCUCGUCUCCGGCGUUGCCCCGUCUUCGACCUGUCUCAUUAUUGGGCGCGCUAUAUCCGGACUCGGAGGGGGUGGCCUUUUCUCCGGGUCGCUGAUCAUUAUCUCUCAAUGUAUUCCACGGCACCGUCGCCCGAUCUUUUCUGGGUUGAUCAUGGGUAUUUAUGGGAUUGGUAGUGUCAUCGCGCCACCUCUCGGGGGAGCAUUCACCGACAAUAUCACGUGGCGAUGGUGUUUCUACAUCAAUCUCCCCUUAGGUGCAGUCACCGCACUAGCAAUCCUGUUCGCCCUCCAAAGCACCGAACCAAUCAUGAAAGCACCCUGGCAAGAGAAGAUGCGGCGAAUGGACCCGCUAGGGAUUCUCACUUUCCUGCCAGCCAUCAUCUGCCUGCUACUAGCCCUCCAAUGGGGAGGCACAACGUACCCGUGGGCAAACGGCCGCAUCAUCAGUCUAUUCACCGUCUUCGGCAUUCUCCUCCUGUGCUUCAUCGGCCUCCAAGUGUACGCCGGCGAGAAAGCAAUGCUUCCCCCUCGACUCCUGCGCGGGCGCAAUAUCUGGGGCUCGGCCCUUUUCGGCUUCUGCCUGAACAGCGCGAUCUUCAUCUUCGUUUACUACCUCCCAAUCUGGUUCCAGUCCGUGAAAGGCGCCUCAGCCACCGAAUCCGGCGUGAUGAACCUCCCACUGACCCUCUCCAACGCCUUGCUGGCCAUGGGCUCCGGCCUCCUCGUCACCGCCGUGCGAUACUACUACGGCCCCGUGAUGCUUCUCAGCGCCGGCCUAACUUGCAUCAGCGCGGGGCUGCUGACCAUCCUGCACCCGGACUCCGCCGCCGCCGCGUGGGCUGGCUACCAGGUCUUCUUCGGGCUGGCGGCAGGGCUGGGCAUCCAGCUGCCCGUGUUCGUGGUCCAGACCACCCUCCCGACGGCGGAUAUCCCCACCGCCACCGCGCUGAUGGCCUUCGUGCAGGUGCUGGGCGGCGCGGUGUUCGUCUUCGUCGGCCAGAAUGUCUUUCAGAAUCAGCUUGUUGCGGGGCUGCUGCACGCGGAGUUGCCGGCGGAGCUGGAUGUGCAGGCGGUUUUGGGAGCAGGGCCGGCUGGGUUGCGGGCGAUUGCCUCUGGAGAUACGUUGGUGAUGUUGCUGAGUGUGUAUCAUGAUGCGGUGGUGCGGACGUUCUUUGUUGCUGUUGGGUUGGCGGUGGCUUCGGUGCUGGGGGCGGGGGCUGUUGAGUGGCGGCCG